AUGAGGAACUGUAGAGGAGCGGCGGGGAAAGAUUUUUUUAGGUUUAGUAAAUACUACAUAGAUAUUUACAAGUCAGAAAUUUAUGUUCUUAUGGUAAUAAGAUGUGACCCAAUGAAUUUUCAAAAUCCAUUUAAAAAAUUGGGUUUCCAAAAAUGCAUAUCAGUGGUAAAAAUAGGUUAUGUGGGAGGAAUCAUAGUGGCUUGUAAGGAAGAUAAACUGAAGAUAGUGUUAGUAAGUAAAUGGGGUCAGUUUAUUCAUAUGCAAGUUAAGAAUGAUAAAGGCCAAGAAUGGAUUUUUACAAUGGUGUAUGCAAGUCCUGAUGAGCAUAACAGAAAGCAUUUGUGGGAGAUUAUGAGAUUGACAUAUGCAACAAUGGAUAUGCCGUGGCUUGUAGUUGGAUACUUUAACGACAUUGCAUAUGCAAAUGAAAAGAAAGGAGGUGGGCAAGUUUCAGCUCGCAAAUGCAGUAUUUUUGGAGAAAAUAUGGAAGCUGGCAAUCUGUCGGAUCUUGGAGCUAAAGGCUCUAAUUAUACUUGGGGAGGACCUAUUUAUCACGGUGGACAAAGAAUAUAUGAGAGACUGGAUGAAGUCAUUAGAAAUGAGGAAUGGAGAUUAGCUUUCUCUGAGGCUCAUGUUAAAAUUUUAACUCGAGUUGAUUUCUCACAUCAUCACCCAAUUAAGAUUUCCCUAAGCUUUUGCAAUUAUGGAAGGGUUGCCAAAUCAUUUCGUUUUGAGAGUGCAUGGAUGUUAGAGGAGAAUUAUAUGGAUAGACUUCAAGGAUUUUGGAAUAAUAAUGAAUAG